CCGUGCCGCCACCAGGACAAAACCUACUCGGAUUGGACUCCGUUGGACCACGCGACCGAGAAGCCCCGGCGACUCCUUUUCUGCUCCUGUCAGAGGCGAGCGGGAGAAGAAGAGCCGGCGACGACGACGUCUCCGCCGCGCCCGCUCUCUUGCCCCAGCAACAGCAGCUCCACGGCUUUGAGCAUCAUUGGGAGAGAGUAAGAUGAGUGGCCCGAGGCAAUGCUCGUCGCAGCCGCAGUUUAUGACUAGCGCCGGGAACAAUAACCUCUCCAAUGGAGCCGGCACCCCUCUUAUCGACACCAUAGAUGUUGAUCAGAUUGUUAUUUCUGAGAAAACUAGUUGGAAGAACUUAUUUUCAUACAUAGGGCCCGGAUUUCUCGUCUCUAUUGCGUAUAUUGAUCCUGGCAAUUUCGAGACGGACCUACAGGCUGGAGCACAUUACAAAUAUGAGCUUCUUUGGAUCAUACUUAUUGCGUCCUGUGCUGCACUUGUAAUCCAGUCACUUGCUGCCAGCCUAGGGGUUGUGACUGGGAAGCAUCUUGCUGAGCACUGCAGGGCUGAAUAUCCCAAGGUCACAAAUUUCAUCUUAUGGAUUCUCGCAGAACUGGCUGUAGUUGCAUGCGACAUCCCUGAAGUGAUUGGAACUGCUUUUGCUUUGAACAUGCUCUUCAAAAUCCCAAUAUGGUGCGGUGUUCUCAUAACUGGGCUCAGCACUCUGAUGCUCCUGUUCCUACAACAAUAUGGGGUCCGUAAAUUGGAAUUUCUGAUAGCAUUUCUGGUAUUCUUAAUAGCAACAUGCUUCUUGGUUGAACUUGGAUAUUCUAAACCAAAUUCUUCAGAAGUUGUGAGGGGUCUUUUUGUUCCUGAAAUUAAAGGAAAUGGAGCUACAGGUCUUGCUAUCUCACUACUUGGUGCUAUGGUGAUGCCGCACAAUCUUUUUCUCCACUCAGCAUUGGUACUAUCAAGAAAAGUGCCACGAUCAGUUCAUGGGAUUAAAGAAGCCUGUAGAUUCUAUAUGAUUGAAAGUGCAUUUGCCCUCACAGUAGCCUUUCUGAUCAACAUAUCUAUCAUAUCUGUUAGUGGUGCAGUCUGCAGUUCAGAUAAUUUGAACCCUGAAGAUCAGAUGAACUGCAAAGAUCUAGAUCUUAACAAAGCUUCAUUCUUGUUAAAGAAUGUCCUUGGAAAUUGGAGCUCAAAGGUGUUUGCAAUAGCAUUGUUGGCAUCUGGCCAGAGUUCCACAAUUACUGGAACUUAUGCGGGACAAUAUGUCAUGCAGGGGUUUCUGGAUCUUCGAAUGACGCCCUGGUUAAGGAACCUUCUAACUAGGUCCUUGGCAAUUGUGCCUAGUCUGAUUGUGUCACUAAUUGGUGGCUCCUCAGCAGCUGGGCAGUUGAUUAUCAUUGCAUCGAUGAUACUAUCCUUUGAGCUUCCAUUUGCUCUAGUACCACUCCUUAAAUUCACUAGUAGCAAAACAAAGAUGGGACAGCACACAAAUUCAAGAUUCAUUACUGUGCUAACAUGGGUGAUCGGUUCUUUUAUCAUGAUCAUCAACAUAUAUUUCCUGAUAACAAGCUUUGUGAAGCUCCUCCUCCACAGUGGAAUGUCCACAGUAUCCCAAGUAUUCGCAGGAAUCUUUGGGUUCCUCGGCAUGCUCAUAUAUAUCGCUGCGAUUCUCUACCUCGUCUUCCGAAAGAACAGGAAGUGCACCUUGCCAUUGCUCAAAAAUGAUUCCAUGCCCGGGGGCGCAGUCCAUGCCGAGGGAGAAGGUUCUCAGCUGGGUCAUCUUCCCCGGGAGGAUAUCUCCAGCAUGCAGCUUCCCCAUGAGCGGCCUGCGUCUGAUCUGGACUAGAUGUAGUAGCCGCAAUGAGGAAACUAUAUAUUGUUUCUGAUGAGGACGGUGCAGUAGCUGCAUAGCUGAAGAGCUAGAUGUCAGGUAUUGACGUAGAUAAUCCUAGUGGCUUAUAUAGUGGUAAAAUUAAACCUUUCAAUCGAAAAGGGAUAGAUAGUAGCGGCAAAUAAUAUUUACCGUAUCAUCGAUUCUAUACAAGUGGAUUGUUAUUAUCUAAAAUUCUCUAUAAAGGAAUAAAAAGAUUUUUGCAACA